AUGUCAAGUGAAACUAAUGCAGAAUCGGACAUGGAAUACUCAGAAGAUGAUUGCAGUUACGAAGACUAUUACAACUCUGUCGAUGAUUGUGAUAGUGAGCAGGUUGAUUUCAAGAAAGUAGAUCCAGAACAUCACAUGCUUGAUUGUCUCUCAGUUGAAGAGGUUGAAAGACUUCUCAAUGAAUCUGUUGAAGCUUUAUGCAAUGAAUUGGAGGUAGUACCAUCACUUGCCAAGGUACUACUUCACACUCACGAGUGGGCUGUUGGCAGAGUCAUCUCGCAGUUUAGAAGUAAUUCCUCUCAACUGCUCAUUUCAUCAUGUGUCAAACCAGCUAUACCACCUGUACAGCAUCAAGAAAAUCUGACUUAUAUGACUUGUCCUGUAUGCAUUGCAACCCAUCCAAGAGAGAAAUUUUGUAGUUUGGCUUGUGGUCACAUGUUUUGUAAAGAUUGUUGGGCAAUGCAUUUUGAAGUUCAAAUUUCUUUGGGUGUGUCCACCGGUAUAGCAUGUAUGGCACAAGACUGUGGUGUUCUGACUCCAGAAGAUUUUGUUCUUUCUCUUGCCCCAAGACCCCAGCUGAGGGAAAAAUAUCAGAUGUUCUGCUUUCGUGACUAUGUCAAAUCUCACCCGCACUUGAGGUUUUGCCCCGGUCUCAACUGUAAUGUUGUAAUGCUGUCAAAAGAGCUGAAAGCCAAGAAAGCAUUUUGCACCCAGUGUAAAACAAUGUUUUGUUUUAACUGUAGCCUAGACUAUCAUGCACCCUCUGAUUGUAAUACAAUUAAACGGUGGUUAACAAAAUGUGCUGAUGACAGUGAAACAGCUAACUAUAUCAGUGCUCACACUAAAGACUGCCCCAAAUGUCAUGUCUGUAUCGAAAAAAACGGUGGUUGUAAUCACAUGCAAUGCCGCAACUGUAAGCAUAAUUUCUGUUGGAUGUGCCUGGGAGACUGGAAAGCUCAUGGUGCCGAAUAUUAUGAAUGCUCUCGCUACAAGGAGAAUCCUAAUAUUGCCAAUGAAUCUGCUCAUGCUCAGGCCCGGGAAGCACUCAAAAAGUACUUGCACUAUUAUGAAAGAUGGGAGAAUCACUCUAAAAGUUUAAAAUUAGAGGAGCAAACUGUUCAGCAAAUUAAAUACCGAAUCAAUGAAAAAGUGAUGACCUGCUCAGGAACCUGGAUUGACUGGCAGUAUUUAAUGGAUGCUGCAGCCCUUCUGGCUAAAUGUCGUUAUACCUUGCAGUAUACUUAUCCUUAUGCUUACUACUUAGAACCUGGUCCGCGUAAAGAACUGUUUGAAUAUCAGCAAGCACAGUUGGAGGCAGAAAUUGAAAACCUUUCAUGGAAAAUUGAGCAUGCAGAAACCACUCAUCGAGGUGACCUAGAAAAUCAAAUAGACAUUGCCGAAAAGAGGAGAACUACUUUAUUGAAAGAUUUCUUUGAAUCUUGAUAGGACUCCUCUUCAUUGACUUUUGAGUAAUAUUUAUUUAUCUAUGUCUAGAGAAAACAAAAUUUGAUGUCGCUCAGUUUUAUUCCAAAGCUGAAUGAAGUAUUUAAUAAAAGUAUUAAAAGAUCUGGCUAUUAAACAUUCUGCAAGUAAGAAUCACAGUCUUACUUAAAUUGUAAGGUGGUUACAAAAAUAUUCAAAAUUCCCUCCCUUUCUUUCAACAAAAGCGAUCACUCUGAGCCAAUCAGAGUGCGGUAUCUCGUGUUUUCGCUUGUCAUUCCUUCCUCUUUCUUACAAGUCAAGUUUUGUUUCUGAAAAUAUAAGUUCGUUUUUCCCUUCUGAAAGGUGGCCCUUUUGGGUCACCAAGUCUUCAGUCAAGUCUCCAAGUCAGAGUUGGCACCCCACGUUGGGCGCCAUCUUUGAGACUUGGAGCCCGGAAAAAAAAAGAAGUCCGUAUCUCAUGCUCAUUGAACUUGCAUGAAGGAAGAAAGCUCAGUCUGGAAGAGCAAAUGAAAGAACACAGAGUUCUUGAUUAAUCAAAACCUCCAGCACCUGAAACGCUUACCGACCGGCAAAUACAUGAAAGAAAAACUAAAUGGUUGCCAAACAAACUUACACUUACAGAAUCAAAACUUGAUUUGCAAUAGUGAAGAAGGAAUGACAAGCGGAAACACGAGAUGACGCUCCUGCCACGAUCUUCCACCCUGAUUGGCACAGAUUGAUUGCUACUGUUGAAAGAAAUGGAGGGAAAUUUGAAUAUGCCUUUGACCAUGUCACAAAAUCUGUAUCUUGCCAUAACUUUUCAGUUCUUACUUGAGUGCCCAGGCUAUGCAAUUCAGCAAAAAAAUUAGAAUAUCCAUG